UUCAACAAUAAUCAUCAAAACUAUCGUUGUUACAAAGUGCGUUCAUAAUGUUUGCUAAAAAUAGUAAAAAUUUGACACCACACAGAUCAUGUUGUGUACAUUUAACUGGUCAUAUUCAACAAGUUUCUGAUUUAAAAUUUAAUUCAUCAUUAGAAUCAUCAUCGUCCAAUUUUAAUAAUACAAAACAAACAAUACCAUUUUUAACUCCAAUUCUAAAACGUGUUAAAAAAAAGUGUACAAUUGUCAUUAAAACUCUCAAUGCAUCGUACAAUCAUUUUCAAGCAAGAAGAAGAAGCAGAAAAUUAAUUAAUUCAUCGGCAAAAAUCAAUGGUCUCUGGAAAAAUCCAUCAACAAUUCUUCAAUAUUCAUCCGAUGAUGAAUUAUCCGAUGAAGAUGAAUCAUUAUCAGAUGAGGAAUCAUUUAAUUCUUCCAUCACUGAUACAAUUCAAGUAUUUAAUGAUUCAAAUAAUAAUUUAAUUUCAAUUUUACCAAAAAAUUUAUUGUUAAAUAAAUUUCUCACACUACUCAAACGUAUGGAGACAAGGGACUGUUCAAAAUUACAACAAACGGAUGAUAAUAAUAAAUGUUUCAUUAAAAAAUAUGCAAAAUUAACAUCAUUCCCUGUUAAUAAUAAUAAUGAUUUAAAAAUUGAAAAAUCAGAAAUUAAAACUGAAUUUAGUGUUGUGAAAUAUACAAAUUAUCCAGGGAAAUUUAAUAAAAUUUUGCCUAAUCAUAGAAGUGGAUGUGUUGUUACUGAUAAUUUUGAAAAGAAGAAUAAACAAACAAUUGAUGUGAAUCCAUUUCCAAAUUUUGAUAUAUGCAAAGGUUUUCAAUUUGUAAGCAUUACAAGAGCAAGUGACAAAAUUAUUGAAGAAUCAGCUAGUGAAUUAAAUGUGAUUAAACCAGAAUUAAUUUACGUGGAUGCUUCCAAAGUUAUGAACAACUAUCAAAGUACAAAAUUCCAUCGAAAUACAAAGCAAACAUUUAAUGAGGAUCAACAAAAUCAUGUUAUCAACAAGACGAUGGAAAACAUUUCAUCUUAGUUCUUUCUGCUCCAUAAAACAGAACAAAUAAAGGAGACAAAAAUGUAUGAAGAUCCAAAUAUAAAAUUUUGGAAGAUUUUAUACUGCGUAUUCGAUAAAAGGAUUUUUCUAAAUCAAAACAUGAUUUGGUCAACUAAGAAUUUUUUUUCCUAAAUAAAAAUUCUUAAACAACGAGGCUUUUCUACAAUAAUAAAAAAUUAUACAACUCUUUAUGUGAUUUUAAUAUUAUUUAUAUCAAAAAGCUUUAAAAUAUUAUACGAAUAAAUUGUAUAAGUCAAUUUUUAUACUGUGAAAAUACCGUAAUUUUAA